GCUGGCUGAAAUGGCGAAUUUCGAUGUCAGUUCACGUUCGAUAUUUGUGUUGUUUGGUAGUCGUAAGCGGGCGCUGUUCAAACGCUCGAAAAAAACGAAGCUAUCGCGUCGCGUUUUUCCAAAGGAAUCGUUUUCAAAAAUACAGCCAAGUGAAUCCGGUGUGUGAGAGCUGGCAAAAAUGUGCUGCUGUAUGAGAUAUUUAUGUUCGUGUGCGUGUUGAAGUUGUUGCAUUGACAAUCGCGACCACAAACAACGCCCAAAAAAAACCAAAUGAACGGACUUUCGAGCAAAGCAACAUCUUCAGCCAGAGUCUGACCUACCCGAAAAAAAUAAUACAAUAAAAAUAAUAGAAACGAAAAAGGAACCGGAAACCGCAGGCAGCCAAAAAUUCAUAUGUGCUUGUGUGCGUGCUCGCUGGUGUGUGUGUGAGAGCGUCUCAGGCGCCAACUUGCUGCGGCAGAAAUAUAGAAAUAAAUAGUCAGCCAAAUGGCAGCCUAAGAGCACAAAAAGUGAAAAGAAAACCCGCGCAAAGAAAUAUUCAAGAAAAUUAAAUUUUCUGGCUAAAAGCUAAUGGGCUUGGUGUGAAGAGCCAGUGAAGUGUGGCAAAGGAGCCAAAAAGAAAAAACAUUGCAAAUCAAAGUCAAGGACUUGGAUCCGGUCUGGACUAUUAAACGGUAUGUGCUUGUUGCGACUCUCAAAGCGGACUAAUAGCAGCAGCCAUGGAAGGACAACCACUUAAGCAGCAGCAACUGGCAGAGACCGCAUCCUCGCAAUCCUGCUCAUCGCUGAGUACGUGAACGUCUCCGUGGAGAAUGUCCGCUUGCAUGACAAUUGUAGCGUGCCGGCAUUCAGAAAACGCAGCACCAGCAGACGACGCGGCUGAGCGAGCAGUACGUGAAGAGAUUCUCAACAAGGUGCACCAGCAGGACGACUUAAAAAAAUAAGGAGCAAAAGCAGCAGCAGCAGGAGCAGGAGCAAGGACAUUGGCAACGCACAUGCACGACAGAAGGGCUUAGCACCUGCACUAGCGUCGGGGACAGGAGCAGGACCAACGCAAGGAAUAAUUAAUUUAAACUGCCAUUUUCGCCGCAAAAAAGCAACUUAUCGCUGCUGAAGGAUAUUGUUAAAAAAAACAAACAAGAGGAAAAAUCCCUGCUGAAACAAACGAAGAGGAAAGCCGGCCACGCCACAAACAGCUAUCUUGUGGUCAAUUAUACAACAAGGACACCGACGAAAGAAAAUAAAAUACAAGCGAGGGAACAAGUUAUCCAAAAAAACACAAAAAAGUAAAAAACAACGACAACAUUUCGACGUGGCCAUUUUGACCAAUAUUAAUAAUGGCUAUGUUGCUGUUCCCGAAGCGACAACUCCCGCCAGCAAAAUCGAGAACGAGGCGGAAAGCGCCACCCACCAGGACCAGGAUACGGACAUGGACAAUGACAUGGGGUACCUUGGUGAUGCUGCUAAUCCUGGGCAUUUCUAGCUGCUCAGCCGCCGGAAUAAGCUACAGCAGCAACAGUGGCAACGUGAGCACAUCGCAACGAAGCCCUGGAUCCAAUCCUGCCACCAGCACCGGCGGACUCGUUCUGAUCGGAUCCAGUAGCGCCACAUCCAGCUCCGUGCCCUCCCUGUCUCUCACCUCGACGUCCUCGGUGGGUUCAUCUGGUACGUCCUACGGCACCGGUUCCUCCUCGUCCUCAUCCCCGAGUUCGAGUGGCAGUCGCAGUGGCAGACCCACUAGCAACCCGAACCACGAUCAAUUACCCGCCCAACUCUCCUCACGGAUUAUCCACACACGCAACGGGGCCAUUUCGGGAAUAAUUGUGCAAUUAGAUGGCCGCCACUUGGACCCGGUGGAGGCCUAUCGCGGCAUUCCCUACGCCUCCCCGCCUGUGGGGAAUCUGCGUUUCAUGCCCCCCGUUUCGGCGGCCAUGUGGUCCGGUGUCAAAAAGGCCGACAGAUUCAGCCCUGUCUGCCCGCAGAGAUUGCCGGACAUCCACAACGAGACGGCGGCGCUGGAGAAAAUGCCCAAGGGCAGGCUGGAGUAUCUGAAGCGAUUGCUGCCCUAUCUGCAGAAUCAAUCAGAGGACUGCCUUUAUCUAAAUAUUUAUGUGCCCAUACAAGUUGGUUCGCGUGACUCUUCGAGCAGCUCUUCCUCCUCAUCCUCGGGAUCAUCGACAUCGGGAGGAAAUAGUGGCAGUUCCUCCUCAUCUUCGUCCUCGUCAGGCGGCGGAGGUCCUGCCAAGUAUCCUGUGCUGGUGUUUGUCCACGGCGAGUCCUAUGAGUGGAACAGCGGCAAUCCCUACGACGGAUCCGUGCUGGCCAGCUAUGGACAAAUAUUGGUGGUAACCAUAAAUUAUCGCCUCGGAGUGCUCGGCUUCUUGAAUGCCAACACGGACCGCUACUCGAAGCUGCCGGCCAAUUACGGCCUGAUGGACAUCAUUGCCGCCCUGCACUGGCUCAAGGAGAACAUAGCGGCCUUCGGCGGGGAUCCCAACAGCAUCACGUUGGCCGGCCACGGAACCGGUGCUGCCUGCGUCCACUUUCUCAUCUCGUCAAUGGCAGUGCCAGAGGGUUUGCUCUUCAACCGUGCCAUCCUGAUGUCCGGCUCUGGCCUCGCCCCCUGGUCGCUGGUGAGCAACCCGGCCAAGUACGCUGCCAUUGUGGCCCAUCACGUCAACUGCGCCUCGGACUUGCCCCAUGCCCACCUCAUGAAGUGCCUGCGUGAGAAGACGCUCGACCAACUGCUGAGUGUGCCCAUCCGCCCUCCGGAGUUUGGCUUUGCCUUUGGCCCGAGUAUUGACGGUGUGGUCAUCGACGGAGGGGAUUACGUGCCUCCCGCCCCCGGGUCACCGGCGGCACAGGCUCAAGCGCAGGCCUCGACGGCCGCCGGCAACGGAUUGGGUGGAGAGGCUGGAAUUGCAGCAGCUGGAGGAUGGGGAACGCCUGGACAACUAGAGAAUAUCGUAUUAAUGAGAAAAACUGCCAUUAACAAGUUGUCAAGAUACGACCUGAUGGCCGGCGUGACACGUGCCGAGGCCUUUUUCAGCUUCAAUUCGGGAGACGUGCAAUAUGGCAUCGAGGCAGAUCGGCGGUCGAGAAUUUUAAAGGCCUACGUACGCAACACGUACACGUUCCAUUUGAACGAGAUAUUCGCCACGAUUGUCAAUGAGUAUACGGAUUGGGAGAGGCCCGUCCAGCAUCCAAUUAAUAUCCGCGACGAAACACUGGAGGCUCUGAGCGAUGCUCAGGUUGUGGCCCCGGCGGCCCAAACGGUGGAUUUGCAUUCUGCGGAUCACCGCAACUCGUAUCUGUACGUGUUUGACUACCAGACUCGUUUUGGCGAUUACCCACAGCGCCAAGGAUGCAUUCACGGUGAGGACUUGCCCUAUAUCUUCGGUGCCCCACUGGUUGGUGGUUUCAAUCACUUUACGCGCAACUACACGAAGACCGAAAUUAGUCUAUCAGAAGUGGUUAUGUUCUACUGGUCCAACUUUGUGCGAAGCGGAAACCCAAAUGAGCCAAUGGAAGCGGAGCACGGUAGCCGCCAGGAGCGAAGUAGAUACAAGACCAUCGAAUGGACAGCCUACGAGAGCGUGCACAAAAAAUAUCUAAAUUUUGAUACCAAACCGAAGCUGAAGAAUCACUAUCGGGCGCAUCGGCUUUCGUUUUGGUUGAACCUCAUUCCGGACCUGCACAAGCCCGGCGGCGAUAAUGUGCCCGCUGCCCACCACCAGUUGCAGGACGAUGAUGACGAGGACAACAACAUAGCCAGCGAUGCCUCCGUAAAGCCCCUGAACCCUCCUUAUUCCUCCAGGGCUGCCAAUGCGGCAGCCAUGGGAAACUUUACGAUAUUUACAAAUCAGGUGUUCUCCCUGCUGAAUCUCAGUUCCCCCUCGUCCUCGUUGCAAAGGAAUGGCACUCGGUAUGGCGGAGGUAAGAUCUAUCCGGACGAUAUGAUGGACGGCGAUCAUGGUGCCGGAGGAGGGGCAGCUAGUGCCUCACAGGACAAUGAUGGCUUUGCCGCCUACUCCACUGCCCUCAGUGUGACCAUAGCCAUUGGCUGUUCGCUGCUGAUCCUGAAUGUCCUGAUCUUCGCGGGCGUCUACUACCAGAGGGACAAGACCCGGUUGAGCGAGCCCAGGCCCCAAACUAAGCUGAAAAGGCAGGAAAAUGGCCAAAUGCCGAAUAAUAUAUGCGGAGACCUAGAGACUUUGACUAUUCAUACAAAAAGUGAUCCCGCCACCAUUUUGUCGCACCACCACGCCAUGCAGCACCACCAACUGCCACCGCCAGAAUUUGCGGACAUACCGCACCGCGCCCCGCCCCCGCCAAAGCACAUGAAAUCCUUGCAAGAUCCUGGUGGCGGUGGUGGAGCCGUAGGCGGUUCAGUGGGUGUGGGUGUCGGUGGGGUGGUGCAGAUGCCACCCCCCCACGCUCUGCAAGUUCUGGGCAAUCAGUGCGGCACCCUAACGAAGAAGAGCUGCAUGAAACAGACUCAGGCACAGGCCCAGCAACACUCGCCCGCCCAGCAGCAACAUCAACAGCAGCAACAUGUGGUAACCCACCAGCAACACUUGCAGAAUCAUCAUAAUCAGAGCAUGACCACAGUGCUGACCACGGCCGGUGGAUUGGUAGUACCCACACCGCCGACAGUUCCCGUUAUCGUGGCCACCACCACGCAGCAUCAUCAGCAACAGCAGCAGCAGCAGCAGCAACAACAGCAGCAGCAGCAACAGCAACAUCCGCUGAUGGACGAGCUGCGUGUGUGACAUUAAUUGACCGUGCGUUUUAAAUGUGAUCUCUAAGCGCACAGUGACCCUUCAACCCAAUUUACCUUUCCGCUUCCCCAACAAGCCCCAACCAGCCCCUCUCAGCGUUUCAACUGUCUUUACAUAGUCAGUAAGUUGGUGUGUCUAUCGGAAGCCGGAGCUGUGUCUAUCGGAUACAUACAAGCGCUUCUCCAAGCUAACUUUGUUGCAAGUUUUAAUAAAUUACUCUGUAAAUAGUUAACUAGCGUAGAUUGUUGUCGAACUCUUUAUCAAAAACACUGACUUGUAAUUCAAUACUUUAUUCGCUUAAGGAGAAAUAAGUUAAAAACUGUUAAAAAAAAAAGAAUUUUGUUCAUUUAUUUGUUGAAAAGGCGACAGAAAUAAAAUUUCUUCAACAUUAAACACCGGCACUUUUAUUAUUAAAUCAUUUCUCUAAACCAAAAGAUGUUCAGUUGGAUUGAAUUUAUUUUGAAUAGAAUGCUCACAGGUUGGUCAAUGAAUUUUCCAGGCCAAUCUAUUUUUCACAAUUAGGACCAAUAAAAACAUCCCCUUACGUUUAUAUUUCAUUCCUUAAACCCAAUUUCAGUAGAAAAAAAUAUAUUAGGAACUCUAAGACAAUUCUGAAUGCGUAAAAACAAAAACAAAACAUGAAUGUUAUUCUUCCAAAGACUGAAUUAUAAUUGUGUAUUGUGUGUAAAUAAGUCUAGUUACAGAAUAAAUGGUAUUUAUAUUAUUCUUACGUAUACAACAGAAACUUCCCAUAUAAAUAAUAACCACACAAAAAUGUUUUUAGCCAAAAGAACAAAUUAUUGAAAAACUCAGAAGGUCAGAAUCAUUUCAGUCGGAAAAUGUGAAUCAUGUACAGGUGGGUGGGAGCUGUUCCUGUAGUUUUUGACCAGAUAUUUGUAAAAACUUGCCCUGCAAAUCCAAAAACAAUAGGAGCGAGUUAGACGCAAACUAAAACUAAAACUGAAACUUAAUUUUGGCCGCGGAAAUGUAAAGCAAAGAAAACAAAGGCAAAAUUAAAUUAAACUGUUGAUUGUAAGCAUGCAGCUACUUUGUUAUGUAACUAAAUAAAUAUUUAUAUAGCUAUUAACAUUAAAUGAAUAUAUAAGCCCAUUAAACUUAAAAAAAAAGUAAGCUCUCUAUAUAGCUAAAAAGUUUCCAACUGCGAAUAUAGUUAAAAAUUCCAUUAGGCGUUAAGCGGGGCAAUUGAAAUGCGCCGUAAAAGUAUAUGAACAUUAAUAAUUUUCCUUAUUUCUGUAUUCUGUUUUUUUUUGUCCAGAACUAUGACUAUUUACAAGCGAUUGCCCAAAAUUGUAAUUAAAAUGGAAAUGAUAUGCCAGAAAAAACGCGGCGAGGAAAAUUAAGCAAUGGAACAGCUCAUUAAAGUGAAACGAGCAAAAAUGGCGAACAAUUUAAUGGCUUAUAAAAAAAUACUUGUAAAUUAUAUAAACACAUUAAGCGGCAAAU